CUCUUUUCUUUCUUUUCUUUUUUCUUUUUUUUUUUUUUUUCAUUCUAUAGAAAACGUUUUGCUUAAUAAGUGAUAAUAACGAUCGAUUGUUAUUAAGCGAUACGUUGUAAGUAAAUUCUACAGAAAAAUUUUCUUUGUAAUAGAAUGAUUUUCAUUUUAAAGUGAGAUAAUUCUUUCGAAUGAAAGACACUUGUAUUUCGGUAUAGGCAAAGCUAAGAAUAUAAUAUACGAAUUGCUAGUUUCAUUUUUAUGCGAGACUUUCUUUAUUUGAAAUACGUAUUUUUUUAUUUAAUUAUAUAUAUAUAUUUUUUUGCAAUGAUUGAUCACAACAAUUUAUGCUGUUAUGUUAAUAAAACUAUAAUAGUUAUUAUAUUUCUUUUUUUUAUUAGUUUUAACCAUAGAGAAAUUUGAUCUAAAAAUUAAUAUAUUUCAAAUUUUAAUAUUCUUAAAAUCACAGAUCCUAUAUAUAUAUAUAUAUAUAUGCAUAUAUAUGUAUAUGGAAAAGUUAAUCAUUUGGCAUGGAAUAAAAUUUUAUUAUAUCAGAUUCUUGAACUUUAUUUAUUUAUUUUUUGUAAUUUUAUAUUUUAUAAUUGUUUUUCUUUUUUUUUCAGCUUAGAGGAUUAUAUAGUGUGUGGGGAGUUAAUUAUGAUGCAGUCAUUGAAUGCAUGCCACCAAUUAUAUCAGUUUUUCAAAGUGCGUCGAUGUACUUCAACGGAAUUUUUAAUACAAAAAAGAUUAAAAAUAUAUUAUUAUUCAUUAAAAAUGACCAUAAAUAUUAUAUAAAUCGUCCAGAAAAUAUAAUUCUUCAAAAAUAUGAUAUGCAAGGAAAAAAAAUUACAUUUUAUUAUAUUUUAUAUGUUUACACAACAUUGUUAGUUUAUUUAUUAUUACCAACAAUACCACUGAUAAUUGAUUUUAUUACAUCCUCUAAUCAUUCUCAAAAAAGAAACUUUCUAUUUGAACUUGAUUAUGGUAUGGAUAAACAACAAUAUUUUUAUUAUAUAUCUAUACAUUCGUACAUUGGAACAGCUAUAGUCGCGAAUUUAAUUGCUUCUUGUGAUACUAUGUAUAUGCUAUAUGCUCAACAUGCCUAUGCUUUAUUUGCAAUUGUAAGUUAUGAAUUGAAAACUAUACAUAUUUUGAAUACAAAUAAUUUGAUAAAUAUCAGAGAUUAUCAUUUACUUGAAAAAUAUAAAAAUAUUAAAUUAUUACCAAGAGAUGAGAAGAAAGUUUACAGAAAACUAUUCAUUUGCAUAAAAAAUCAUCAAAAUGCAAUAAAAUAUUCAAAUCUUCUUGAAUCACUAUUUACUAAAUCCAUACUUGUUCAGUUAUUCUUUAAUGUUCUUUGUCUUAGCAUUACAGGAGUUGAAACUGUAAUAAAAUUAGGUAAUUUAAAUGAAAUGAUGAGAUUUGGAUCGUUUACAUUUGCACAAGCUGUUCACAUAUUUUUUCUUUGUCUCCCUGGACAAAGAUUAUUGAAUCAUAGUGAAGAAAUGCAUGUCUCAGUGUGCAAAGUAACCUGGUAUAUUUUUCCUAAAGAAUAUCAGAAUUUAUACAAAUUUUUACUUGCAAGAUCUUUGAUAUUUAGUAAAUUGACAGCUUUUAAAAUGGCAACCUUGUCUAUGCAAACAUUUUUAGCAGUAAGAAUCUCUUAUUGUAAUUUAUUUGAAAUAAUGAUAAGAAUUAGUAGAAAAUAUUUUAUUAUUACUUAUUAUUUUAGAUUAUUCAAACUGCAAUGAGUUAUUUUACUAUGUUGUUAUCAACUACAUGAAUUUGAAUGAAUUAUUAAUAUGUAUCUUAGUUAUAUAUUCAAUAGAAACUAUUAAUACAAUUUUGCUCUUUAAACUUUUAUUUACAUUACAUACUGUUAUGUAUGAUAUUUACUGUAACAUUUGAAAAAAAAUAUACUUAAAUGUGUAUAAAUAUAUUUACAUCAACGCGUAUUAAAUUGCAAUACAAAA